UUCACAUUUUUAAAAAAACGUUAAAUCAAAGCAUUGAGGCAAAAAAAAAAGUGUUGUCAGUGUUUUGUUCUGUAUCACUUUUCCUUGUAUAAAUAUUGCAAACCUAAAUUGCUUUUUAAUGUUCAAAGUAGUAUGAGAUCUAAUGGUGUGUCCACAGCUUGGUCCUCUGAGAAUACGUCAAGUAUAAUGUUUCACAGGAAUGGACCGGUGCAACAUUUUCACUGCAUUACAAGAUUACUUUACUGUAAAUGAAUGCCAAAACAGAAGGAAAUAUUAUCCAGGGCUGAGGUCAAAGCAGGUGAUGGUGACUCAAGACACAAACACACACAAGAAACUAAAAAUAUGUUGCGUGUAUUGUUCCUUUAAAUAAGAUAAUUGGAUUAUGCAAAUUGCUUUAUGAUAUAUAAGUAAUGAUGACAAUAUCUGUGUCACUGUAUAUCCAAAGAUUGUUUUUGUUAGACAUUCGGUCAGACUUCAAUGGGUCUGUCUGUCAGAGAGAGAGCAGAAUUAAGAUUGAAAAAGCGACAAAUCCAAGGACAAGUUUAAGAUCAUUGGAUUAGCUGAGAGGACAAACAGUCUGAAGUUUCCUAAUAUUGACAAAUGAUAGAAAAUGCACAGAGACAAGCCUGUCUUCUCCAGUCUAAGUAAAAUUAAGGGCAGCUCGAAGGGUUUCAAAGUGCCAUUUUGAAUCCUUAGUAAUCUGGUUUGCAAAUACUGCAGGGUUCGUCAAGACUGUCAGACGUGUACUCAGGACAAGACUAAAUGAGAGGACAGUCGAGACAGUUAGUCUGUUUUUUGUGCUUAAGUGAUGCUGCGUUUACAUUCCCCCCUACACCACAAACCCAGGACAUCAGCCCAAACAACGGGGUUAGUUGCUCUUUAACAGUAUGCUCAGAACCUGACGGUUACCCCUCUGAGAAUGUUUAGGACUACUGCCAAUGACUAUGUUAGAGUUGCUCUGUGUCUCUGUCCGGUAACUGCGCCAAAAUCAGAUGACUUGUUUGUUUUUGAUUGCAUGCAUGUGUCAAUCAGGAGAGCUGCAUGAUGGACAGGAAGUAUGGGGUGAACUUGCAGCUGCUGAGCAAGGAGAAAUGUGUAAAGAUUAGUGUAGACAGCAAUGUACUAUAAGUGCAAAGACAAAAGCAGGAGCGUAGAGAAGAGAGAGAGAGGUGCAUUAGGAGGUGCACAGUCAGUAGCAAAGAGAAUUAGUGCAUCAUGUAGAGUGAAAGUUUUGGAAAGGCUUCUGGUGGAAACACCUCUGUGUCUACUAUGAACUGGGUUUUGUUAUUACAAAAGUGAAAAGAAUGUGAAGAUGCCACAUUUCAUUGACUCCCUCACUGAAACGUCCCUGGACAUCUUAUCCACCAGUAUUUACCAUACAGAACCUUACACAGCCGAGACCUUUAUUUUGAACAUCAGCAACUUCAGUGGGACCAACAUCCUUCACUGCACCUAUAAAGAAGAGUUUAAACGCAUUUUACUGCCCACGGUUUACACCCUCGUCUUCCUGCUGGGCCUCCCUCUUAACUCUGCUGUCAUACUGAAGAUAUGGAAAACUAGACCACACCUGUCCAAUAACAACAUCUACAUGCUGAACUUGGCUAUAGCCGACUUUCUGUAUGUGACAUCGCUGCCGCUGCUCAUCUACAACUAUGGCAGUAAUGACUACUGGCCCUUUGGGGAAUUUGCUUGUAAGCUGGUCAGGUUUCAGUUCUAUAGUAAUCUGCACGGCAGCAUUCUCUUCCUCACUUGCAUCAGCAUUCAGCGCUAUGUGGGCAUUUGCCAUCCUCUGGCGGUGUUGCACAACCAGGGUGGCCGUAGGAUGACGUGGUGCAUCUGCUUAGGUGUUUGGGUGGUGGUCGGCCUCCUCUGUGCUCCUACUUUUCACUAUGCUGCAACAGGAAUCCAGCGUAACCGCACCGUAUGUUACGAUUUGAGUCCUCCACGGUUUUCUGUGAACUACUUCCCCUACGGUAUGACUCUGACCUUCCUCGGCUUCCUGUUGCCUUUUGUGGGUGUGAUGGCGUGCUACUGUCGGAUGGCACAAAUCCUCUGCCGCCCACUGUCUUACGAGAGCGUCGCCGCAGCCAGUGUGGAAAAAAGGGACAAGGCGGUGAGGAUGAUCAUUGUGGUGGCAGUGGUUUUCUGCAUUAGUUUCCUGCCAUUUCACCUCACUAAGACCAUGUACCUGGUGAUACGUUCCUUACCUGGUGCACCGUGCCAGACCAGGAACUUGUUUUCCAUUAUUUACAAAAGUACCAGGCCGUUUGCCAGCAUGAACAGCUUCCUGGACCCCAUUCUGUUCUAUUUCACACAGCCACGAUACCGACAGAGCACCCAGAGGUUUGUACUUAAGAUCACAACUCUCAGGGACAAAGUCAACAGCACUGUGUGAACAAAGAGAUUGAACUCUGACCGAACCGUAACCGAAGCACAGAAGAAACUUAGGUGGCUGCUCCAAUCCCCUGUGGCCACAAAAAAAAUAACAAAGAAAAAAUACAAAACACAACUUAUUUCUGGCAACGGUGCGAAAA